AUGGCGCUAACCGCUGAGCAGGUUGCGAUGAUAGGGCAGGUGUUUGAGUCUUACGUGACAGAGCACCACAGGGGCGACAUCCUCCACAUCCUGGAACAGCCCGACGAAGACGCCCACUAUCCCGUCGUGGUGAACGCCAUGACACUCUUCGAGGCCAACAUGGAGGUGGCGGAGUACUUCAACGCCCUCCCCAGCGAGGUCCUGCCUGUGUUCGAUAACGCCCUGCACAGAGCGGCCCUGGCCGCGUCGCAGUCCUCCCCUGAGCACGGGCAGUGCAAGGUCAAGCAGAAUCUGCACACCAGGAUUUCAGGGUUACCAGUCUGCCCCGAGCUGACGAGAGACCAGAUCCCCAGGUCCCGCGACGUGGGCCACUUCCUGUCCGUCACGGGCACCGUCAUCCGCACCGGCACGGCCAAGGUGCUGGAGUUCGAGCGCGACUUCAUGUGCGCGAAGUGCCGGCACGUGUUCGCGGUGCAGGCGGACUUCGAGCAGUUCUACGCCGUCACGCCCCCCACGCGCUGCCCCAACGAGGAGGGCUGCGGCUCCUUCAGCUUCACCUGCCUGUCGGGCAGCUCCUCCUCCCCGGCCGUCUGCAGAGACUACCAGGAGAUCAAGAUCCAGGAGCAGGCCCAGAAGCUGUCUGUGGGCAGCAUCCCUCGAUCUAUGCUGGUUAUCCUUGAGGAUGAUCUGGUAGACAGCUGUAAAUCAGGUGAUGACAUCACGGUGUACGGUGUGGUUCGGCAGCGGUGGAAGCCCCUGUACCAGGACUCCCGCUGCGAUCUGGAGAUCGUCCUGAAGGCCAACUUCAUUGAGGUCAACAAUGAGCAGUCCACUGCUGCCCUGGUCCUUGAGGACAUCCAGAAGGAGUUUGAAGACUUCUGGGACAAAUACAGAGACGAUCCUUUAGCAGGCAGGAACCAGAUUCUGAUGAGCCUGUGCCCGCAGGUAUUUGGGAUGUACAUUGUCAAGCUGGCGGUUGCCAUGGUUUUGGCAGGUGGCAUACAAAGAAUAGAUGCUUCUGGAACAAAGGUCAGAGGUGAGUCUCACCUGUUGUUGGUGGGAGACCCAGGAACAGGCAAGUCCCAGUUUCUGAAGUACGCUGCGAAGAUCACACCCCGAUCUGUCCUCACUGCGGGAAUCGGCUCCACAAAUGCGGGGUUGACAGUGGCAGCAGUGAAGGAUUCUGGGGAAUGGCACCUGGAGGCUGGGGCGCUGGUGCUGUCUGAUGGGGGGCUGUGCUGCAUCGAUGAGUUUAACAGCAUCAAGGAGCACGACCGGACCAGCAUCCAUGAGGCCAUGGAGCAGCAGACCAUCAGCGUGGCCAAAGCCGGACUGGUGUGCAAGCUGAACACGAGGACCACCAUCCUGGCAGCCACCAAUCCGAAGGGGCAAUAUGACCCCAACGUGUCGGUGUCUGUGAACGUGGCACUCGCCAGCCCGCUGCUGAGCCGCUUCGACCUGGUUCUGGUUCUGCUGGACACCAGGAACCCAGAGUGGGACCGAAUCAUCUCCUCCUUCAUCCUGCAGAACAAAGGUGGCAGGAGUGAGUCGGAGUCCCUUUGGAGCAUGGAGAAGAUGAAGGCCUACUUCUGCCUGGUGAAGAGCCUGCAGCCAAGGAUGUCACAGGAAGCCAACUCCAUCCUGGUGCGGUACUACCAGCUACAGAGGCAGAGUACCAGCAGGAACGCAGCCCGAACCACCAUCCGCAUGCUGGAGAGUCUCGGACGCCUGGCGGAGGCUCAUGCCAGGUUGAUGUUCCGGGAUACUGUGACUGUGGAGGAUGCUGUCAUUGUUGUUUCAGUCAUGGAGUGCUCCAUGCAGGGUGGUGCUCUCCUAGGGGACGUGAACGCUCUACACACCUCCUUCCCUGACGACCCCAGUAAGCUGUACAGGACUCAGUGUGAGAUUCUACUGGAGGGACUGGGUCUGACCAAUCUCCUCAGGAAAGAGCUGGACAGGCUCUCACGGCUGCAGAAUAAAGGUGGAAAUUCACAAUCGCCUCCCAGGGAGGAGCAGCGGAGUACUAUCAGGAACCGCUCUGUGGACCAGGAAGCCCCCCUGCCAUGGAGCCAGGAUGGAUCCAGGAGGAACAGCGGUUCUGAUACCGGACUGGACUGGUUUAACUCAUUGUCUGGGCCCUCACGGUUAUCACCAAUUGCUCCAGCUUCCCAGAAUGCAUUGGUGGACACCAGGGCUGUGCCAGAGGACCGCAGCCUAUUAUCAGGCAACAGCGGCACCGGGUCUUGGACAGGAAAGGACUCAGCGCGGGGUAAAGAGCGAAUCGGAAGCACGGGCGAGGCGGUCAGCUCCGCCCACAGAAACACAGCACCAAAGGGAAGUGAACUGGAUUCUGUCACUGAGACAGUUUCCAAGAGGCUGCGAGGAAAAAGGCUCAAAAAGAUGAGCACCACACCCCUCAGAGGUGGUGGAGCUGAAGGGGUGGGAGCUGCUAGCCAUGACGACGGCACAGAUGAUCUGGACCUGCUUUUCUCCACAGACGCGCUGCCCUCGCACAGUACGCCAGUUGCUGCCAAAAAGCGACUCUCAAAGAAGAGCAGAGGCCCUCACGUCUCCUCCAUCGAUGACACCCCUGACACUGAGGGUGACCCAAACUCCCUACGGUCCAAAUUCUCCUCCUUCACCUUCAGGCCCAGAGAGAAACUGGGCUGCGGGGAGCCCAACAGCAGGACCCUCCCAGAGCGAACGGAGGACAGCGUAGACACAGGAAAGGGCCUCAGAGUGCUGGAAAAUGCAGAGAAAGAGGCUGCUCUCACAGAGAGGGAGAAGGUUCCUCUUGCAGAGAGGAAGCGGGCCCCUCUCACAGAGAGGAACGGCGCUGCUCUCAGAGAGGGGAAAGAGGCUUCACUCUCAGAGAGCAGGACAGAAACGUCUGCCGAGGGGAGGGGUGAAGAGAAGAGAGACACAGAGCAGCCAGCAGAGGGCAGCAGCGCAAGCAGGAAACUAAGGCUCAAAGUGAUGUCAGAGGCAAAAGACUACCUAGCUGAGAGGUCACGUGACCAGGGUGAGGGGAGUGUGGGUGCCGCCGCAGCCGGGGGCGAGAGGCGGCAGCGACUACUGCAGAGGCUGAGCGCUGCGCCCGCUGGAGAGCCCGACUCCUCAAAGACCCAGGUGUCUUCCUCCACCCUGACCAAACUUUCUCACUUCCACUUCACGGCGUCCGCAGACAAGCAGCCUGGGGCGUCAGCCUGCGAGGGAGCCGACGCCGGGGCGGGCCAGGGUCACGACCCUGCCGCAGGGCGUGCUGGGACGAUCCCCAGAAAGAGGAAGUGUUUCGAGCUCGGCACGGGGGGGUCUAAAGUGGUCCUCCCGGGUCAAUCUCUGUUCAGCUCCUCAGUCUUAGACGAUGGAGAACUGGAUAUAGACUGGGACGAGGAGUCAAAAAAGAGGCCCAAAGUGUGA